AUACUUCCGCCCCUGGUUCUGUCUCCUAUCUCGACUCUGCCUUCUCUCUGUGGCUGCCUGCACACCCAGGGUUGUACGUGACAUGAAAGCCUCUCUUAUCUCGCUGUUUGCUUGCACAGCUCUCUUGCACCUUCCCAUGCCGGAGUCUCUUCUCGUCCAACCAGCCUUUCAAGGCGCGGUGGAUCCUUAUCUCCGGGUCCCAGAGAGCCGGGGCGCUGGCUGCAGGUGGCGAUAGGAGCCGAACUACAGCUCCCAGCAGUCUCCGCUUCGGGUCAGCCACCCGCGGCCCAAACCGGCAGUAGCGCUUCUCCGUGGGAGGUUCUCACCUUUGGUAUCGGUAGCAGGCUCAGGAACCCCAGCGGCUAAGGGGUCAGUUUCGAGGUCGAGGGCAGUGCCCAGUGCAGUAGCGCGGGAGCAUGGCCGGGCACCUGGGCAGGCUGAGCGCAGGCCCCUGCUGGCGCGCUUUGGCGCGGGGCGGCUGCGGAGAGCUGCGUGCCUGGUCCCAGCGCUGCGCGGCCGGACGCAUCUGCCGGCCCCCUGGCACGGCUGGUACCGAGCACAGCCGUGGGCUGGCCCACGGCCCCUCGUCUGGAGGUGGCUCCCGGCCUGGGGCCGGUCUGGCCACAGCGCUAGCAGGGUUGGCAGGGCUGGCCACCGCUGCCUUCGGGCAUGUGCAACGGGCCGAGAUGGUGCCCAAGAGCUCUGGGGUGCGCAGUCCCUCGCCGGAGAGGCCACAGGAGGAUGACCUGACCCGACGCUGCAGCUGCUUUAUGGCCUUGCCUGUGACUGACUUGGGCGAGCUGCGGAAGAGGCCAGGUGACAUGAAGACCAAAAUGGAGCUACUGAUCCUGGAGACACAGGCCCAGGUGUGCCAGGCUCUGGCACAGGUAGACGGGGGCGCUAGCUUCUCUGUGGACCGGUGGGAGAGGAAGGAAGGAGGUGGCGGCAUCAGUUGUGUACUUCAAGAUGGGCGUGUUUUUGAGAAGGCUGGGGUGAGCAUUUCUGUCGUUCAUGGGAAUCUUUCUGAGGAAGCAGCAAAACAAAUGAGAAGCAGAGGAAAAGUUUUGAAGACUAAAGAUGGUAAAUUGCCAUUUUCUGCUAUGGGUGUGAGCUCUGUUAUCCACCCUAAGAAUCCUCAUGCUCCCACUAUCCAUUUCAACUACAGAUACUUUGAAGUAGAAGAAGCUGAUGGUACCAAGCAGUGGUGGUUUGGUGGUGGAUGUGACCUCACUCCAACAUACUUGAACCAAGAGGAUGCUGUACAUUUUCACAGAACUCUAAAGGAGGCUUGUGACCGGCAUGGUCCAGAUCUCUACCCCAAAUUUAAAAAAUGGUGCGAUGAUUACUUUUUUAUAACCCACCGUGGAGAGCGCAGGGGCAUUGGUGGUAUCUUUUUUGAUGAUCUUGACUCUCCAUCAAAGGAGGAGGUGUUUCGUUUUGUGCAGAGCUGUGCCCAGGCUGUGGUUCCUUCUUAUAUUCCCCUUGUGAAAAAGCACUGUGAUGACUCAUUCACCCCCCAGGAGAAGCUGUGGCAGCAACUUAGAAGAGGACGGUAUGUAGAAUUUAAUCUGCUGUAUGAUCGGGGCACAAAGUUUGGCCUCUUCACUCCAGGAUCCAGGAUUGAAAGCAUCUUGAUGUCUUUACCUCUAACUGCCCGAUGGGAGUACAUGCAUUCACCUUCGGAGAAUUCCAAAGAAGCUGAAAUUCUGGAAGUUCUGCGCCAUCCGCGGGACUGGGUGCAUUGAUGCAGGCAGAGCUGUGUGGGGUUUGGAGGACACAGUUGUGUGCCCCCUCCACCAGCAGGCACUGUUACCACUGUGUGGUACUGAGUUCCCUGUGCCUUUGGCCCCAGUCUUCUCCAGUCUGGGCCUGAUCUUGUCAGGUGGUAAAAUAUUUUGGAUGCUGUCAGACUGUGGCAGAUGGUUGGUCAAUUGUUCUGCAUAAACUCAUUUAUACUUUUAGAAUAAUUUUAUGUGUCUAGUUUAUAAAAUUUGAAUCAAGUUUCUAGGUAUUAAGAUAAGGGAAUACAAAUACUAUAAUGCAUACCAGGAAACUCCUCAUCUUAUUUUUGUUUCGUGUAUUUUUUAAAAUUUUAGAUUCUACCAUAGUAGUUAGUCAUGGGAUGUGUUUUAUCUUUAUUAAUUCAGUGAAGUUGAGACUUCUUGGUAAUUUUGGAAUGAAACUUUGAAGGUCAAAUUUUGACUUGUCAUUAUUGAAGUCUCUUUGAUGUAAUCUUUAUGUAUCUUUCUCUACAUACCAUAAUAUUGUAAAGUAUUCAUUUUUAUAAUGACAGGUAUUUAAAAGCACUUGAAAUUUUCUCAGUGUCUGCAUGUGUUAUAAUUCAGUGAUUACCAAUAGUUUUUAAUUCCUAGUGACAUUACAGUUAUUUAAAUAAGGGGCAUCUAAGUUGUAACUUUGACUUUUGUGGAGUCAUAAUUUGUUAAUGUUAAGAUUCUUUGCAUUCUUGAAUGCAAACAUGAUAUCCCUGGAUUCUGAUACUUAAAAUUUUUCUAUUCCAGACAUUUUUACAUGACAGUUUAGAUUAAGAUCAAUCCUAGGAUGUGAAUUUAGAAAAUGUUUUUCAUUUGGAAAAUGAAAAUGAAAAAUAUUUUCCUCCUUUAAAGCAAAUACAACUGGUGUUGACAUGUAGGUAUUUCGUGCAUGUAUUUCUUCAUAAAUUGGACUAAUUGAAAUUGUCCUGUUUCCUAAGUUAGAGAUUCUUCAACUUUUAUUUUUGCUCUUAAGAAAAAAAAAACCACAACAUAUAGUAAUAUGAAUGUAUUAUUUGAUUCAUAAUAUAUUGAUGUUUGUGAGAAACAGUGUCUCAUACAUUAAGCAUUAUCCUGGAUUGUUAAAUGUUUGUGAUUGUGUGUGGCUCUUUUAGGACUAGAAAAAUGUACAGACUCUUCAACUGUCUUACAAUAGACUCACUAAUAAAUUUUAUUAUAGAAUAAGA